ACCUGGCAGAGAGCAGGAGUGUGCCAGCAGUGGGGCCAGCGGCCGCCCCCAGCACCUGCCCAGACGGGAGGCCCGCAGCCCUGGGCUGCGAGCCUGGGCCGGGGCCAGGGCAGGCCGGGCGUGGGGCCACCCCGUCUUUGCCUCCCUGGACCCAUGGGCAGCAUCAUCUGCAGAGAGAGCAUGGAACCCGGGUUCCACCGCUGAUAGGGGAUUGGCCUCUGGAUGGAGAGCCUCUCCCCAUUGUAGGUCCCUGGAUGUUACAGCUCCGGGUACUAAUACAGCUCUGGAUGCCUGAGGAUUGUACUUACGGCCCAGAAAACAGCUGCUGCCUCUGGACAACCUCCCAGGUGCCUUCUCUACCUAGGGCAUGGGCACCCGUGACACUGUCCCCCCAGGCAAGGCUCUGGCUCCAGGGGCCGUGUACUGUGGGAGUGUCCCUCGUACCAGUGCCGGGCCCUGCACCCUCGCCGGGGGAGGCAGCGACUCCAGCCUGAAGACUUUUGGAGAAGCCUCUCUCCAACCAACGCCCAGCGUCCUGCUGGAGAAGCCAUCACAGCUCUUGAGUGGACAUGAGGCCCCUGAUGGCCUCAAGCUGGAUGUUCCCCUGAAGGGCUGGCAGGCCAGGAAUGGCCACCCCAGGAACCUUGGGACCCUGUCUCUGGGCCCCCACCCCGUGGUGCCACUGCCCUCGCUGGAGUCAGAGGCCAACAGCGCGGCCCGGGACACCACCCAGAUCAAGGACAAGCUCAAGAAAAGGAGACUCUCGGAGGGCUUGGCAGCGUCUUCCCGGGCCUCUCUGGAUCCUGGGGGAGGCCCCAGAGGAGUUCCCCUGAGGACCACCAUCCCUCGGGUCACCUCUCAGAGGCUGCUGAGGGUGCCCAGGCUGAUGCCCCCCAUCCAGAGCAUGCCCACCACCCCGGAGGCUAGCGGAGCCAAGGAGAAUGGCCUGGACCCACCCCAGAGCAGUCAGGGUCCCCAGGGGCUGAGACCUGGUGCCCAGGAGGUGAAGAUCUCCCAGCAGUACCUGCACUGCAAUGAUGAGAAGAUGCACAGGUCCCCGGGGGGCAUUGUGAUCCCUCCCAUCCCAAAGGCCGGGGUGCCUGCCGGGACCUCCGCCUGCACACCUGGCUCCCUUCCCAGCCUCCCACCUCCAGGCCAGGACGUCCUCAUGGGCCUGAGGCCACCCCCCACACGGUUGGUUCGGGAGAGGGGGCCUCGGGAGAAGACCCCCAGAUCUCUGGAGCCAAAACCUUUGGUCCCACCUGUCCGGGACAGGUCCACUGUCCCUGAGAAGCCUGCCCUGCCUUCAUCUCAGUCUGCUCCUACCCUGACAACCUUCUCCUUCAGCCAUGCCAAAGGUGCUCACCCUUUGCUAAAAGAAGAGGACCAGAAGGAGACUGGCAGCAAGGUCACCAUCUCCAAGUCUGCCCAGGAGAAGAUGCGGCUGAAGCAGAUGAAGGAGGUGGAGCUGCUCUGGAGGGCCAAGGAGCCAGAGAGGGAGAGGGAGCUCGCUCCCCAGGGCCUGGCCUCCCGGAGGACCUGGACGAAGGAAGGCCUCCUUCCCCUCCGGGGCAGUGGGACCCUGUCUGUGCCCACUGGGUUGAGCAGCCCACGCAGAAACAACAUGGGUGUCGUCCUGAGGAAGCGGGCCAACCGGGCCUCCCUGCCCAGCAUCCCCGUCAGCAAGCAAGAGCCCAGCUUUGCGCGCCAUGCAUCAGCUCAGUCCUUACCUGCGGUGCUCACCUUGGGGUCUCCUGAGUGGGAAGAAGAGGAGGAGACGGAUCUUCGAGCUUUCAAGGAGUUGAGGCCUUUCUCGAACCCAGAGCUGGGGCUGGUAGAUGCCCUCCAGUGCCUGGACAGCAGCGACUGGCAGAUGAAGGAGAAGGGCCUGGUGAGCAUCCAGCGCCUGGCGGCCUGUCACUCGGAGGUCCUCGCCGGGAGGCUGCAUGACGUGUCCUUGGCCGUGACUGGGGAGGUCACCAACCUCCGCUCCAAGGUGUCCCGCUUGGCCAUCAGCACCCUGGGAGGCCUCUUCCGGGCCUUGAAGAAGAAUAUGGACCAGGAGGCUGAGGAGAUCACCCGCUGCCUGCUCCAGAAGAUGGGGAACACCAGCGAGUUCAUCCAGAGAGCGGCCAACCGGUCCCUGGGGGCCAUGGUGGAGCACGUGACCCCAGCCCGUGCCCUGGUGGCCCUGACCUCGGCGGGCAUCUACCACCGAAACCCUUUAGUCCGGAAGUGCACUGCCGAGCACCUCUCGGUCGUCCUGGAGCAGAUAGGUGCUGAGAAGCUUCUCUCAGGCACCAGAGACAGCACAGACAUGCUGGUGCACAACCUGGUGAGGCUGGCCCAGGACUCGAACCAGGACACCAGGUUUUAUGGCCGGAAGAUGGUGAAUAUCUUGAUGUCCAACACAAAGUUUGAUGCGUUCCUGAAGCAGUCCCUCCCUUCGCAUGACCUGCGGAAGGUCAUGACAGCCAUUAAGCAGCGGGGAAUAGAAGAUAUUGAUGAACUUGCAUCUGCCAAAGGCCGCAAGGUAUCGCGGAGCUUGCUGGUGUGUGAGAACGGGCUGCCCACCGAGGACGGGCUCAGCUCCAAUGGCCCACGGCUGGCGGGGCUGCGCUCCUCCACGCGGGGUGGCUUGGAGACUGUGGAGCAGCUGCGGGAGCUGACGCGGCUGCUGGAGGCCAAGGAGUACCAGUCUCGGAUGGAAGGCGUGGGGCGGCUCCUUGAGCAUUGCAAGGCCAAGCCAGAGCUCAUCACCGCCAACCUGGUCCAGGUCUUCGAUGCUUUCACCCCAAGGCUUCAGGAUUCCAACAAGAAAGUGAACCAGUGGGCACUGGAGUCCCUCGCCGAGAUGAUCCCCCUCCUGAGAGAGAGCUUGCACCCCAUGCUGCUGUCUGUCAUCAUCGCUGUGGCAGACAACCUCAAUUCCAAGAACGCAGGGAUUUGCGCUGCCGCCGCCAGAGCGCUGGAUGUCAUGAUUGAGAGCCUGGACAACCUCGGCCUCCUCCACGCGUUUGCUGGGCGGGUGCGUUUCCUGAGUGGCCGUGCAGUGCUGGAUGUCACAGGACGUCUGAAUGUGUUGGUGGCCUCAGUUUACCCCCGGAAGCCCCAGGCCGUGGAGCGCCACGUCCUUCCGGUCCUCUGGUACUUUCUGAACAGCAUGACGGGGAGCGGCGUCCUGCCUGGGCGCGGCGGGAAUGUCCGCUCGGUGGUCGGCCGGCUGUGCAGGACCCUCCAGGAGCAGAUGGGCUCCCGGCUGCAGGACCUGGCCGCCGGGCAGCCAAAGCAAGUCCUCACAACGCUCCAGGAGCUCUUAGGCACGGAGUCCCUGUGAGGCGGCCCAAGGUCACUGACAGAGGAAGGCCCCCGACAGCAAGACACCUGGCAGCUCAAGCCCCUCCCAGCUGGAUUACGGAUGGAUCUGGAAUGCGCCAUCACUGUUUUGAUCUUAUUUUAUUUUUAUGAUGGAAUAAUCCCCCCCGGGCUCCUUUCCUGUAGAGUUCAGAUGUACAUAGUCUAUUUUGAAGUAGAAAUAAAAGAAUUACUUAUUUUUCUAA